AUGGUCGUGCCAAAGGCGAAAGUGCCUCUCUUUCUCUCCACCCCGACUCACGACGAUGACCAAGACGACUCUGAAGUCGAUGACUUGGCAAGUAAGUCCCCAAGUGCACAGCCAGUCACCCCUCCCUCAUCGCCGCCUACCAACCGACCAAAUCGCUCCAAGAAGACGCGAAGAGUGGACGAAGAUGUACUUGAAGCGCAAGGUGCUCCUGCCGGGCUUGUAGUGGCUGGUGGCUCUAGACGAGCUCAACAGCCCGACCUCAAUGCAGACGAUCCUCCCUCGGACUCUUCUCAAGACGUCACCAUCCACAGGCGAGCUGAACAGGUCGACCGCGCACUUCGAUCCUCGACGAGGAGGGCAAAGACACCUCCAUCACCCACCUUCCCUCCGCUGAAGCCUGUAGCCCAGCGAGCAGCAGCUCGAAAAGCUCAACAGAAGAUCGCUUAUACUGCAAAGGCCGAGACGGCGAGCAAGCGCAGGGACAAGAACUGGAACCAAUACGACUUUGUCCAAGAGCCCUCUCAGAGCUCUGCCCCAACUAAAGCUAAGCCUAUACCGCAGCGCCAGAGGAAGCCAAAGACUUCAAGUCCAUCCCUCGUGGUCUUUGAUGAGCGCUUGAGGGCAUUGUACGAGUCCCGCCAGCAAGCUGUCGAGGUGGGCCAAGAUGUCUGUCGAGAUAGCGGUGGAAAGCCAUUGAUCUUGACCGACGAAGCAAGAAAGAUCAUUGUGAUGAUCUGCAGUAAAUGUCGACGCAACAUCAACGAUCCGGUCUUCUCCCUCGAAAUCAGACAAUACGAGGAGUACGACGGAAAAGGUCAGGUCAUUGCACCGCUAUGGCGCCCUAUACUCAUCAACGUCAUGCACUCCCACCCGCACCGCGAUGGAACGACGAUGAAGCACCAGAAGCGCAAGCGAAGAUCGAGCGAUAGCGAUAGCGACAGCGACAGCGACAGUAGUCUGACCUCAGAGCCAUCCGCCAAUGACGCCGGACCAGAGCGUAGACUUGAUGAUACAGCACAGACAGCAGAGCAGGGAGGCGGAGAAGAGACGGCCACACCUUCAUCUGGAUAUUUCGCCUUCGCCGAUGACCCGCCUCGCAGUCCACGUCCCUCCGCUGCAUCAACCGGAAGUCGCGUUAGCGAAGAGAGCAAGGGCAGAGACACCAAUGCGCGAACAGCUUCUGUACCCAAUCCUCCCUCCAGCAAUACCAAUCAAACACUGCUAGGUCCCGAACCCUCCCCAGAAAGGCAAACAGGGGCUGACGUGCUGCUGCGGAUGUUUCGAGCUCCACAAGAAGGCCCUGUACGCACUGCUCCUCCUCGUGCAGACUUCCCUAUGCCGCUUCUAUUGCUGGGCGACACCUCUGUAGCUCCGCUCGGUCGUGCUACGUCGCUACGCAUCGGUACGGACCCAAGGAAGCGCCCCAAGUCGGUGUGCAUCAUGGAUGGUGUCCGGAAGAGUCAACAGUGGCUUGCCUCUACGCAGACCACGCUGCUGUCUGCGGAAGCUUCUCCUUCUGCUGCAGCUGCUGCUGAGGUUCCUUCUUCUAAUACUGCUGCUCCUUCUGCUCCCUCUCCUACGGUAGCUGAGCAUUCCCAAGAAGACAUGUCAACGAGCGGUGAAAGACCGGUACAUCAUGAGACGGAGGACGAUGAAGAGACGAAUGCGACGACUACGCCUUGA